GCACUUGGCGGGAUCACGGCCGUCGGCUAUUUUAGGGUUUUUCUGUUCUGGUGGGAGCAUUCUCUCUGGAGCGAUGGCGUCCGCGAUGACCAGGUUGGGGAGGAGGGGGAUUCGCUCCGCGCGAUGGAGCUCCAUGGCCGUGGCUGGGCAGCAGAGCAGGGCCAGCCACAGCUUCACGCUCCCGGAUUUGGAUUACGACUAUGGCGAGCUGGAGCCGGCCAUCAGCGGCGAGAUUAUGAAGCUCCAUCACACUAAGCACCACCAGACUUACAUCACGAAUUUCGUCAAGGCGCUGGAGCAGCUGGAGCAGGCCGAGAAGGAUGGGAAUGCCGAGGCAAUCGUCAAGCUCCAGGGUGCUAUCAAUUUCAAUGGAGGAGGACAUGUGAAUCACUCGAUCUUCUGGAAGAACCUGGCGCCCUCAAAAAGUGGAGGUGGUGAGCCACCAGAGGGAAAGCUUGCUUCGGCGAUCAAGGACCAGUUUGGAUCGCUGGAGAAACUUAUCGCCAAGAUGAAUGCUGAUGGAGCUGCUCUUCAAGGCUCUGGAUGGGUGUGGCUGGGACUGAACAAGGAUCUCAAACAGCUUGCUGUGCAGACCACUGCGAAUCAGGACCCUCUUGCGUCGAAAGGUCUUGUGCCUCUGCUGGGAAUUGAUGUGUGGGAGCACGCUUAUUAUCUCCAGUACAAAAAUGUCAAGCCGGACUACCUCAAGAACAUCUGGAAAGUGAUAAACUGGAGCGACGUUUCUAGCAGAUACGAGGCAAAUUUGUAGGUUUCUCUUGGUUUUCCGAGGUUUGUAUCAUCACACCAAAUAAGGAAUGAGAGUUUCUUCCACACAAGAUGCUAAUAGAAUAUUCGGUGAAGACUAUAAUAAUCUUUACUAAGUA